AUGACUAUAUCAGAAGACAAACCAGGAUUUGUGGUGGCAAUUAUCGCUGGGGGAACUGCUGGUGGUGUUGAAGCAGCUAUGACAUACCCAUUCGAAUUUGCAAAGACCAGAGUUCAAUUACGCAAUGGAUUGUCCUCCGUAAAGCUUACGUCCAAUCCUUUCCGGAUACUUCGAGAGAUUGUUAGAGGCGAGGGUUUUAGGUCUAUAUAUAAGGGGUGCAGUUCUCUUGUCGUGGGCUCCAUCGGCAAGGAUGCUAUCAGAUUCCUGGCAUUCGACAGCAUUAAGCACAAAUUUGCCGAUCCGACAACGGGAUCCCUAGGCGCAGCAGGCAACAUGAUGGCCGGGGUCGCUUCCGGCAUCAUUGCUAGCACUGUCAUUGUUACUCCGAGCGAGCGUAUCAAAACUGCUCUUAUUGACGACGCGCGAUCCUCCCAUCGGUUUCAAUCAACACUUCAUGCGAUUCGACUCAUUUUCCGGGAGUCAGGAUUUGUCGGACUCUAUAGAGGGUAUGUGGGAACAACUCUGAAGCAAACAGGCACAACAGCGUUUCGCCUCGGGUCGUACAACAUCAUGAAGGACAUGUAUCGAAGGCAUGACAUUAAACAAGGUCCCGGUCUCGACUUCGUAACGGGGGCGGCGGCUGGACUCGCGACCACGCUAGCCACACAGCCUUUUGAUGUGGUCAAGACCCGAUCACAGACUGCCAAGGGGAGCAGCACCAAGGCGGCCAUCAAAGAUGUGUACUUCGAUAGCGGUGUUCUAGGCUUCUGGAAAGGGACCACCAUGCGUCUUAGUCGUACGGUCCUCAGCGGUGCCAUUUUGUUUACCGUGUACGAGCAGAUGGUGGCAAUCUUGAACUUGAUGCCCAACGUGGUGUCAAACGCAGCCACUUCAGACUCGGGAAAAAUCUGCUAG